AUGAACACCAACGUGUGCGUGGAGAGCGGCCCCAACCCCGAGGCGCCGGGGCUGCCCAAGGACAGCCACCUGCCCGAGGGGGCCCUCAACAGCCUUGUGGAUUACAACUCGGAGAUGGAGAGGUACCGCUCCUUCGCCACCUUCUACAAGACCAACGGCGGCGCCUUCCCCCAGGCGGCCAAGAUCGCCCGCAUCACCACCCCCAUCUUCCCCAGCGCGGCCGCCGCCGCCGCCGCCCGCAUCGGCAUGUCCCCCUGGAACUGCGACACCGCCACGGCCGCCGCCGCCACCGCCAUGCUCUGGGGCAGCGGCGGCGGCGGCGGCGCGGCGGGCGGCGCGAGGAAACCCUCCUCCUCCUCCUCCUCCGCCGCCGCCGCCGCCGCCUCCGCGGCCGCCGCCGCCGCCUCCUCGCUGCACGCCGGCAGGGGCGGCAUGCACCACCGGAGCGACUCGCAGCGGCUGGGCAAGCCCGGCUGCCCGCCGGCCGAGCAGCCCGCCCUGCCCAUGGCCAACGGCAACUUCCUCUCCACCCUCGCCCCCGAGCACUGCCGGCCGCUGGCCGGCGAGUGCAUGAACAAGCUCAAGUGCGGCGCCGCCGAAGCCGAGAUCAUGAACCUCCCCGACCGCGUCGGCACCUUCUCGGCCAUCCCGGCGCUGGGCGGCCUCUCCCUGCCCCCCGGGGUCAUCGUCAUGACGGCCCUGCACUCCCCCGCCGCGGCCUCGGCCGCCGUCACAGACAGCGCCUUCCAGAUCGCCAACCUGGCGGACUGCCCGCAGAGCCACGCCUCGGCCUCGCCCGCCUCCGCCCUGGGCGCCGCCGCCGGCGCGGGGGGCGGCGGAGGCGGAGGGGGGGCCGGCGGCACCGGCGGCGGGGCCGGGGCCGGGGCGGGCAACCCCGCCAAGAAGAAGCGGAAACGCUGCGGGGUGUGCGUGCCCUGCAAGCGGCUCAUCAACUGUGGAGUCUGCAGCAGUUGCAGGAACCGCAAAACGGGACACCAGAUCUGCAAAUUUAGGAAAUGUGAAGAGCUUAAGAAAAAACCGGGCACUUCGUUAGAGAGAACACCUGUUCCCAGCGCUGAAGCAUUCCGAUGGUUCUUUUAAGCAGUAGUGUAUCUUAUUUUCGAGGCAGUCCGAAGUGAAUGGCAAGCUAAAGUCUUGUUUUAAGAAACUGCUUAGUCCACCAUUGAAGAAUAUACUCAGACACUAUUUUCAUUUAUGUAUAGGGGUUUCCUCAAAAGCAAAAGACAAAAACCUGUGAGCCUGGGGAAUUGGCCAGCUUCUUCACAUUCAGUACACCGAUUCUUUCUUUGAUGUAACUUAGCUAUACUAGUGAAGUUGUUGUCUAUUUUUAAAGUGGCUGUAAAAAAAAAAACAAGUUUGGGUAAACCCCUGCUAUAAAGUCAUGUAUCUUUGAAAAGUAACAUAUCUAUACUUCAUUUUCAAAUAUAUGUGUUUCAGUACUGUAAACUGUACAGAUAGCCGCUUGUAUUUUGUGUGUUUAGACACAAGGAGACAAUCAUGUCUGAGCAUCAAUGGAGAUAAACGGUUUGUACACAACAGUGUGGUUCUGCAAAUUAAAUCCGGAGCAAUAAAUUCUAGCUUUAACUAUUAUUUUGCUAGUUGUUUAGCAGCAGCAGCAACAGCAGCACUGUUUUACCAUGCAUCCUUCCAUAGAGACUUGAUGCCAAGUUUUCCAAGAUAAAAAGAUUGUGAUGCAUCUAGCAAUUACCUUCUGUUGUGGUGUUGUGAGAGGAGAAGACGUAACACUUAAAAUUAAUCUUUCAAGCACUAUAUUAGAAUAGUGGUUUGUGCACUUGCAUUGCUUCCAAAGGAGCUUUACAGAGGGGUAUCUCUCCAAAAAUGCUGUUUGGUGUCUGACUCAUUUUUCACUGUGCCCAGCAUAGGCAAAUGUGCAAAACUAGUCAUUUAAAUAAAGGUUGUUCUAGUAUACAAACCAGAGUAUGAGACCUUAGGAAAAAUGAUGACUCAGUUUAAUUACCCUUCACCUACAAGAUCUUAUGUAACAUAUUCAGUCAAUGGAGUAAAUAUUUUAUGAAAUGGAAUGCCAUAUUUUUGGUUCAGGUGGAGCUCUUCACAGUUAAGUGAGUUUUGACAGUUGGACUGGUUUAGGUCUCACUUGCACUUGUGCUCAUUUGAGAGCCUGGAUAUUUUUGCAGUAUAAAAAAUAUUUUUUUUAAUGCUUUUAAAAAAGACCACUUCUCUCCACACGUUUCUUGGUCCACUGAUCUCAGCUUUGCUGAAUGACUGGUCCCUUAAGCCCUAACAAAAAUGCUUUGCUGUUCUUCCUGUUCUAGCUGUAUGGAAGAAAUGUCUACUUCAUGGAAAGGCAGCACACAGAGGGAUAUAGCUGACAUGCCAUAAAAAAAUACAGAGGAUUCUUUACUUAGGGAUACUUAUUAUCAGUUGAUCAUCACUUUUUAUCGCUUGGCUUUGUCAUACCACUCAUGAGUGAAAAGGCCAUGCCACCAAAGUAAGUGAAUGCUGUUGUGCCAUGUAUUUGAUAGAUUUAUCAUUUUAUACAAGGUGCUGGGCAUGGAAAUAACAGGUUAAUGUUGCACAGCACAUGUAAAUCUCCUACUGUUUCAGCACUUUCUUCCAGUUUCUGUUAAGUACUUCAGCCUUUGGCCCCCGGUCACACUUACUUGGUAAAGCACAAGGGAUGGGUUGGGAAUGCUCCAGUGUGGGACCUGUGCAGGUGGGGAAGAUGCCAGCUUUGGCAAGUGAGGGCUGGCAGGUGCUGGGAACAGCCCAGAAAGAGAAGACCAAGGGAUGGUCAGGAGGCAGAGAAACCUCCUGAAGCCACAUGUGUGUGUCAGCAGGACCAGGCAGAGCAUGGGUGAGCCAGGGUAACUGGAGGGCACAGUUGGGCUGGGCAUCCUCAGCUUAGGGUCAGUGCAUGUGUCUGUGUCCUUGCGUCGUGUGAUGUCACAUACAUGCUUUCAGAGGUGGAAUGUCACACUUAAAAUGCUUCUAUCAUGGUGCCCCUCUUACAGUUUGUGAGAUCCUCAGUUGAAUAGUCAUCCAAUUCAGUGAGCUUUGUGUCUGUUUGUAGGGCAGCUGUGUGUGGAAUUUUUUUGUGUUGGAGACUUUUAGGGGCCUCUGUUACUGAUCACUAGACCAAUAUGAGCUCUGCAAGGUCUUCUCUACCAAAGUGCUGAUUGACUUACAAACUGAAGCCUUAUUUGCACAUCUGGCUGGUAAGCUUGCCUUGCUCUUUGGAAAACUCUCACUGCUCUUACAGAAGCAGAGGCAAAGUUAAGUUCAGGCUACAUUAGGUGUACAAAGAUACUCAUAGCAAUGUACUUACUGUCUAAUACCCUAAUGUUGCAUGUCUUGUUGUGGUUCCUUUUUUCGUUUUGUUGUUUUGUUUUAAAGAACUGAUGGAUCUGUAUAUUGUAAUUGUGGUGUUUUACAUGUCAAUCCAAAAUUGUUAAACACACAAACAAGCAUACCUGUUAAUUAUUGAAAAUGAAUGAGAGGUGAUUUUUCUUUGAUUUACCCUUACGGUUUUCAUUUCAGUUGUUGUUCCUUUGCACCAUCAGGUUUUUAGAUUCUGCUGAAACAGUAUUUAAUAUGAUGUAGUGUGCAUAGAGCAUUUUAAUUAGUGAUGUUUGAAGAAGGAAAUCCAUUUUCUGGCCUGUCUCUCCCCACUGCCCUCCCCACCCCUCCCCAUUUAUAUACAUAUUUGUCAAUCAGAUUAUUGUCAAGUUCUAAUUACCAAAUCUGUGCUUUUCACAAGGUCCAAUACCAUUUUCCAAUGUGAAAAUUUGUACUCUUCUCCGUUCUUCAUUCUCACAGUGAAAGAAAAAAUGGGUGUGGGCAAUAAAAAAAAAAGCAGAACUCUUUCUGUCUUCUAGGAGUGAGCGCUAAGCCUAGUGGAAGCAUUUUUGGCAUACCCCAGAUAAACUUAUGAAAAAUAGUAAGCUUGAAAGGGAGGCACACGUACCCAUUCUGUCAAUUAAUAACAGACCCUCCCUAUGAGGGAAAAUACUCCCUUUUGUACAGACCCCCUGGUAUGUAAGUCCUACAAUUAAUGUUGAAGAAUGUAAAGUCUUUAAACGGGCUAUAUCUGUAAUCAAAUAAUGAAGAAAGAAAGUAGUUAAAUGAACAUACCAUUCAGGGUCGAAUGCAUUCAGCAAAAAGCAGUAGUGGGUCUUUGAUCAUGGUUAGAUGCAUAGUGAUAUCAAACAGUGGGUUCUCAUGUAACAGCUAAAUGUUUCAGAUUUUGUUUUUAUUAAAUUUGGCAGUUUCACGCUGAGCUCUACUGUAUUCUUAGUGAAUAAAAGACAGCUCCUAUGUUAGAAAGUACUCCAUUUUCACAAUUGCAGGGAACUAGGAGGGUAUUUUCAGAAACAUGGGCCACAGAAAUGUACUCCUUUCACAGUGUUCUCCUAUUUCUGAACUGUGCAGUUAUCUAUUAAAUUUUCUAAUAGAUAUUUGUGUAAGGUGUAUGUAUGCUUGUGCAAUUAUGGAAAAAAACAGUUUUGGAAAACAGUGUAUUUAUGAAAAAAUAAUCACUUAUGGGGCAUGUACAAAACUGUAUAAAAACAUUCAAUUUGCCCAGUAAAGUUGUUUUUGUGAUAUUUCUGUGUUGUUGAAUAAAGGACUUUAGUAUUCAAAAUAUCUCUCUUUUUCCAUAAACAGGUCCUGUUUGUGGGAUCUUAAACAAAGAAAACCUCUUUUACAAAAGAACCCUCAAAAUGAGCGAGAAGGUCCAAAUGCUGACCUGAGUCUUGCCUGUGGGAAUGAAUGCUUAUGAAGUGAUGGUACAAUAGCCACAGAGCUUAUUCCUUCUCAAUUGGCAAUUGAUGGAAACCCCAUAAGUUGUAUAACUGAAGGUAACAUCAUACUCUGGAUUUUUUAAAGUAGCAGAAAAAAAUACUGCCUUUUCUUCGACUAGGAAUGUUACUUUGAGAUUUUGAGGCUAUGAAAGUUUAGUGAAGUAAGAGCAAACUGAUUAUAGAAAGCCUUAAACCCAUUAAUGCAGACCUGUGUUGUGUCAAAUGAGUGGACUAGCGAGGGUGGUGUGAUAAAUUAGCAGUUAGCUUUGUAUGGAGAAGCAUGCAAAGGUGAAAUCUCAUUUCUAGCUCUUGCAACAAACAGUAGUCCUGAGGAUAGAUCAUCCCGUUGCUGUUGGAGUACUUGGAAUUACAAAUAUGUUUUGUGAGAGAAUGACAACAUUAUCUUCAUUUCUGUUUUACUGCUUCUCAGUUCAAAGUUCAGCUCUCUACCUGUCUCAAAACCUAUACAUUGCUAAGGAAAUGUUUUUCUCUUGACAUUUUGUUUCCCCACACUACUUGCUGGUAUUGAAGCGACUUGAGAUAGGUGGGAAGGCUUGUGACAGGCACAUAAUCUGAUUGUGGUGAAAUUUGGAACGUCAUUUUUCUGCGAAUAUUCCUUUAAUCAACAGAAAGUCUGCUCUUAGGUGCCAAAGCAGAAUUUUGAACUAGUUUGAAAAAUGAGGUAGGUCCUUUAGUCUGUGAGAUGCUUUCAAUGCCAGCUGAUUUUCCAGGGGGAGCCUUGGUGUAUCCUUUUGUUUUUUUCAAGAAAGCAACAAAAGAAAAAGGAACAGAAGUGGAUUUUCCACUGAUCCUGUCUGCUCUCAUCGAAAUCCAUAAGGAUAUAUGUUCUUGGGAGACGUAGACCGCUCAUUAGACAAGAGUGAAUCUUGAGGUCUGUUUGAAGAGGAGGAAAAGGGCUGCCAGGUUGCUCAGGCAUACUCAGUGAUCUCUCUGGAUUAAAUAUAGAAUUCACAGGGAGGAAAUACACUCAUUUCAUGAGACGGUCGAUUUGGAAGCAGGAAGAGGUCUCCGAGUUCCUAUUCUUUUAAUGCUUUCUCUUUCAACAUUUUUUCCCCUCAAGUAUUGUUUUAUACUGGUCUGAAUGAAAAACGUCCCUCAGCUCUGAAGAAAUACUCGCCCAGACAUGAACCUUGCAGUUUAAAACUACCUCUAGUUUUUUUAUAGCUUUUAUUUUUUAAUUAAAAAAAAAACCCAAAACAACAAAACCAAGCAACUAAAAGUAAAAACCCAGUCAAGAAGCAGGUAAUUCUUCAAAUCCAAAACUGACAAACUUAUUACUGAGCCUAUUAAAGAACGGAAAAUACCCUUUUGUUUGGAAACUCAAUUCUUCUAGGCUGUGUUGGGCUCAAUUUGGUUUUGCCACUAGCCAUGUCAAUGCUCUCUUAUAUAUUUCCAAGGAACAAGUCUGAAAUUAUGAACAGUCUAGUGAUACAGGGCAGUGUGCCUUCUGGGAGGCUCCAGUCCUCCCCAUGUUCCCAUGGGCUUUACCAGAUAGCUUGUGGAAUUGGAGGAUAUUAUAUAGGUGGCUUGGUUAUAAGUUUGAUCUUGCUUCACUGUAAGGAUCUACUCAGUUACCAGUGUGCACUGAGCAUGGAUAAAUGGCCCCAAAAUCUAUAAAGGAAAGAAAUUAUUCUUCUUCUCUGUAAUAACUACAGAACAUACAAUGAUCUUUGAAACCGCUGUAUCUAUCUGAGGAAAGAAAGAUGAAGUGCUGCAGGAUCUGCUCCCCCUGUAGGUUUGUCUUGGUUUGCCAGCUGGUUUUUAGGGUGGAUACACUCAGCUGGGUUGCUGGGUGCUUCAGCAGAGCUGUUUUGC